UCUAAGAUCACUAGACACAAAAACCCUAGCACAGAGAUUCUCCUCUCUUCUUCCCUCAAUCAAUAACUCGCUGAGUCUGACUUGGAAUUCAUCCAUAGAAUAUUAAACCCAAAAUGGUGGUGAGGAUCCGGUUGUCGAGAUUCGGGUGCAGUAACAAGCCAUUUUAUCGGGUUAUGGCUGCUGAUAGCAGAUCCCCGAGAGAUGGCAAACAUCUUGAAGUCCUUGGUUACUACAACCCGCUUCCUGGUCAAGAUGGAGGCAAACGAAUGGGUCUUAAUUUUGAGAGAGUAAAGUAUUGGUUGUCCGUCGGUGCUCAGCCCUCAGAACCUGUCCAACGCAUUCUUUUCAGAGCAGGGGUACUACCUCCACCACCAAUGAUGGUAAUGGGACGGAAGGGUGGUCCUCGUGACACACGUCCAGUCGAUCCAAUGACAGGACGUUUUUUGAGUCCAGAGAAGUCACCUAGUUCUUCUCAAUCAAAUGCUAGUAAAAAUGACACUGAAGCCGCUACAACAACUGCGUGAAGCUUGCCAGUUUCCAGAGGCCUUGGGAAUUUUAUCCAGGAGAAAUUGGUUUUUUCUUUGGGUGCUGGUAGCCAGCAGCAUUUAGCGAUCUAUGUUUCUGUUGUGAUUUUUAGCAAGUCAUAUUCUGGAGCAUAAACUACAUGUAAGCAUAAAUUAAUGGUGACCAAGUUCCUGUAGGCUGUGGGAUUAAGUAUAGAUUUGUCAUGCUAAUUUUGUGCGUUGGUUUCAUCAAAUAAUCAGGACUGGAAAUUGCUUGUACAUUUUGCAUGGGCCAACAUUUAUGUGAAGCUGAAACAGCUGGUUUUAUGAUGA